UUAUUACUUAUCCCCACCUAAACCAUAGGGGCAUCCUACUAACGUUUAUCGAAAUAAUACGAGGGAAUCAGGUCCCAUGCAUGUACAUUUCAGCAUACAUGUAAGUUUUGAAAAAGAAAAUUUUAUUUUACAGGUUAGUAUUGUUUUUAUUUUGAAUUACAUAUGGUGGAGGACGGACCAUAAACUCUUCAGUGCUUAGGUCCUCUAAAGGGCUUAAUCCAGCUCUGUACAGGAUACAUGCGCAUUUUAGACAGCAUUGUGUGAACAUGGGUUAAAAAUCCCACACUAGGAAUGCAGUGCGUGUGUACAGAAAACAGGAAUGUAAACAUGAAGGUUGCCAGGUCAGGAGCAUCCCAGAUCCUGAGCUUUCAGGCCUCAAACCUGAGAUCUAGGGAUGGCGCCUGGUGAGUCUUCUUCUGUGCUCCCUACCACCUCCCUGGAGAUGGUGAAUUGGGAGAAGGGAGGUGGGUGCAGAGAAAGGCAAACCCUCAUCCUCUCAGAGUCUAUGCAAUAAUUUUCAGAGGUGGAGGUUAAUUGGGGAAGAAGGGCAGACCCCACCCCCAAGACUCUAUGCAAUAAUUUGCAGGCUGAAGCUUGCAAGCUGCACAUACAGUAUUCUUAAUUUUGCUUUUUUGGGGGUUUUUUUUAAUACACUCUCGUCCACCUAGAGAUUCAAGCCCUACCCCUGCCACCUGGAGGGGGCCAGGCAAAUCUGGAUACUUCAAGUCAAUCCCAGAGGUCUGGCAGCUCUAGUGAGCACAACUACAGCUCACGGUUUCAACUUUUUUGAAAACAAACGAAGGAAGCUCUAUGAUACUACCACCUCCAAUUCCCCCCUGUCACCCCCAGCUCAUCAUUUUUGCCAUCAAUGGUUAUUGUUCCUCGGCAAAUCCCAAUUCUUUCCAGAUUCCUCGUGACGCCCCUAUGCUGGUCGUAAAACAAACACACACACCCGGAUUAUUAAUGCUCCUGCUAACUUUACCACACUCAGCAAAUGCUUUCUGGCAGGGCCUGCCUUUUCCUGUAAGCCACAGAAUCGGUUGCCAAGACACAUGAUGAGGUUGCUAGGGGCUGCCUAUUGCUAGGCAACCAGGCUUUCUGCUCUGCAGAGGCUUCUUCUCUUAAGGUAGGCCCAAAUGACUGUUUCUGAGAUUGAUGACACAGCCAUUCCUGCAUGCACACACAAAUCUGGUUUGAGAGGUUUUUUUGGGGGGAAUGGGGAGGGACAUUUAUCCAGCAUAACUGGAAAACACACCCUGGCAGUGUUCUCAGAGGUGUUUGGGAGCAUGUGCACAAUAAGCUUUUUCUUUUUGCCGGCGGGGGGGUGGGGGGAGACAAGCCUUGAAGUUUGUGAUCUGACAGCUACCAUAUGAAGAGGAGGAACGUUAUUUUGGAGUAGGACAGGAUGCAUUUUAAAAACAAAACAAAAUUAAUUGCACCAAACUCCUUGCACAAAUGCUUCCACCCUUCCUAUUUACCAGAGGAAGGGCACCCUUUCUUAACCUGUUCCUGGUAUAACAUGCUUGUUGUUCCUGCUCUUGCCUUUGGGCAUGCCUUGGUAAAAUGACCUGAGCUUGGUGGGGGCAGCCAGGGAAAGGGGCAUUGAUUUUCAGUUUAGGCUCAGUGGUGCAGGGACUUUUUAAACCCAAGUACAAAAAAAAUAUGUUUAUUCUUAUUUUAGUUUUUGGAGGGGUAGGAAGAGCGUGUCAGGGGUGAGGAUGCAUAUGCUUGUUUGUGUAUCGUAAGGGUAGAUUUUCAGUUCAGUUCAUUGUUUAAGUGAAGUGGUCUAUUUACAUAUGGUGUAUUGGAGCACAUUCCUGGAGUCAGUUCGGCCAUGCAUUUAAAACACUAUGAUACUUCUUUAAACAGUCAUGGCAUACACUGAAGGAUUCUGGGACCUGUAGUUUGUUAAGGGUGCUGAGAGCUGUUAGGAAGCCCCUCUUCUCCCUCUUAGAGCUACAGUUGCUAAAGUGGUUUUAACAAUCAAUCCCCCUUCCCAGGGAAGUUGGGAGACUUGGGAAGUUGAGGGAGUUGGGUAAGUUUAGCCUGGCACAGAGGGGACAGAGGUGAUAUGAGAGCCAGUUUAUGAAGGAGUGUUGCUUCAUUGGGCAUCUAACGAUAAGACCUGUCUGUAUUUUUUAUUGUUGGUAAUCUCCACAUCUCUCCUCUUUCCUGCAAGAAAAAAUUGUUUACUUGUAAUUGUUUAGGUUUGUUCCAACAUGGCUAUUUGCAGUUCAUUAAGAUGAAUAAAUAAAACCCUCUUUGGAUUGUCCACCACCUGGUCCCUUGACCCUUCUUGCUUUGCCCCCUGCAGGUCAAACCUGGUAUGGCAGCCACCGGCCGCAGCUGGGAGUGGAGGCCAGUGGUGUGCAGUGACCUCCUCGGCCGUGCAUUCCACUCGUGCAAUGUGGUGCAGGGCAAACUCCUCAUCUUUGGGGGCUUGAAGUCGCAGGAGACCCAGGAGCCGCCCCUUGGGGAUGUGGUGGCCUUCGACCCCUCACUCCAGACGGUCAAAAGGAUGGCUCCCGAAUGCGAGCACCGCCGGAGCCACCACGAAGCUGUGGUCCUGUCUGACCGCUUCCUGUGCGUGGUGGGGGGCUGGGACGGCUCCCGCCGGGUCUCUGACGUGUGCUGCUUUGAUGCCGAACGGGGGCAGUGGGAACGCUGGGCUGCGGGGCCCUCCAACCAGGCCCCCGUGGGGCUCAGCAGCCACACUUGCACCAAGCUCACGGACCAUGAGGCACGGGUGGUGGGCCGCGAGGGCGGGCUGCGAACUCAGCGGCGCUACGCCAGCAUCUUCACGUUGCAUCUCAACCCUGCCAGCAAGACCUACUGGUAAGACCUUGCCCAGAAUACUGAGCUGCUUGCAAGGACUUCAGUCCUACAAAGGUUUUUCACCUUCUCUCAUAACACUGGAACACGUGGGCAUCUAGAGAAGCUGAAUGUUGGAAGGGUCAGAGCAGAUGAAAGAAAGUACCGUAUUCUUCAAAAGUACCGUAUUCUUUGAAAGUACCAUAUUCUUCAAAAGUACCGUAUUAAUUUCAAAAAUUAAGGGGAAAUGUGUGUGCGUCCUAUGGAGCAAAUGCAGGCUCCUUGGCUUCAGUGAUAGCAACGCUAAGUCUCCGAAGCGCAGAGGGAGCGCUCCCUCCGCGCUCCUGAGGCUUCAGGGAUAGCCACCUGAAGCCUCCGGAGUGCAGCGGGAACUUGCGCUGCACUCCGAAGGCUUUGGGUUCCUUUUGCUGAAGCCAGGAGAGCAAGACUCUCCUGGCUUCAGCAGAGAGGGAGAGCUGCGCAGCGCCCCUUCAGCGAAGCGGGAGGAGAAAUGGAAGGGGCUCCGUUUCUCCUGCCGCUUCGCUGAAGGGGCUCUGAGCAGAGAGGGGGAGAAUUUUUCUUUCUUGUUCUCCCCCUCUAAAACAAGGUGCGUCCUAUAGAGCGAAAAAUACGGUACUUCACACAGCGCAUAGUUAAAACUGCAGAACACAGAAUGGCUUUAAAAGAAGGUUGGACAAAUGGAGAAGGCUAGCAAUGGCUACUAGGCAUGUUGGUUAUGCUCUGCCUCCUACGUCAGAGGCACCAAUGCUUCUGAAUUCCAGAGGGGAGAGGGCUCUUGUGCUUAGAUCCUGCUUGCAGGUUUCCUACAGGCAUUUGGUUGGCCACUGUGAGAACAGGAUGCUGGACUAGAUGGGUCACUGGCCUGAUUCAGCAAGCUCUUCUUAUUUUAUGUGGCUGCACCUACAAUCUUAGAUGGUCCAGGCCAGACCAAAGUUCAGGUCCCCACUCAGCCAUGAAGCUCACUAGGUGACAUUGAGCUCACUCACUGCCUAUAAGCCUAACAUACAGGCUUGUUGUGGGGUUUAAAUGAGAGAACCAUGUACACACUUUGAGUUCUUCAUAGAGGGCUUUCUAAUUUCCUUUUGUUCUUUCUUUCUUUGUUUCUUUUUGCUUUUCUCUAUUUUUCUUUUCUAGAUUAGUGUGAUUUUCAUUGUAUUUUAUGUUGAAAACUUUUAAUAAAAAAAAUUAUUAUUUUUAAAAGAGCAUCCUUUGCCUCUCUCCUCCUGUUGCCAGGUACAAAGAAGAGGAGUCGCGCACGGCCUCCCGGGCCGGCCAUUCUGCCAUGCUGCUGCGCGAAACCACCCCAAGCGGGAAGAGCAGUGGCUACAACCUGGUGGUCUUUGGAGGGCGUGACUCUGCUGACUUCGACAUAGCUGGACACUGGGGGAAAAGCAAAAUCCAUGUGAGUGUGAGUGGGGUGGGCACACGAUGUGGCCUUGCAGAAAUAGGAAAGCCGAGAUCCCCUCACGUGUGUAUAUGGAGGUGGGCUGUAGCUCAGUGGUAGAGCACUUACUUUACUUGAAGAAGGUUCCACAUUCAUUGCCAGGCAGGGCUGGGAUAAAACUCCUGUAGAGCCUCUGCCAGUCAGUGUUGACAAUGGUGAACAAGAUGAAUUGUCUCAGUAUAAGCAAACUUCUGGUGUUCACCCUUGCAAAUCCCCAAACCAGUGCAAUUUUAUUUCAUUAUUUGCAUCCCUCCCUUCCUCCUGAAGGUGGCCAGGGCGAGUGGUACCUUGGUUCUCGAACGUAAUCCAUUCCGGAAGUCCGUUUGACUUCCGAAACACUCGAAAACCAAGGCAUGGCUUCCAAUUGGCUGUAGUAGCUUCCUGCACUCAAGCGGAAGCCAUGUCAGAUGUUCAGCUUCUGAAAAACGGUCGCAAACUGGAACACUUACCUCCUGGUUUUCGGCGUUCGUGAGCCAAUUUGUUUGUCAACUGAGCCGUUCGAGAACCAAGGUUCCACUAUAUUAAAAAAAACAACAACCUAAAAGUAGUUGCAGUUAAAAACAUACUUCCACCCAGUGAUCUCAGGGAUUGCCAGGCACCACCAACAAGGCCUCCCCUGCUAAUCGUAGGGUCCAAAUGGCUAGUACUGUGGAAAAUGCUCUUAUGGGUUCAGAUCAGGAUGUGAAAUUGAGCCUCUUGGAGUGCCACCUUCCUCCCCUUUGCAUCAGACCCUCUUCUCCCCAUGCUUUACCCUCAAGCUCCUAUUGCUCUUGGCAUUCUCAGCCUUUCCUGUUGUCCUCAACAUCGUCCAUUCAACCAUCCUGCCCCAUUGGAAUCCAGUCCCUCGGCUUAACAAUCCAUAUUCUCUCAAUAAAAUUAAGCAUUUUUAAUCCACAACAUUCUAAUAAAAGAAUUUAGUGGCGCUUAAACCUAUACAGCCUCCAUCUCUCUGCACUUUUCAAGGUCUGCUGCACCCUUUCCCUCCCUCAGGUUGAUUCUGUCCAUGCUCCUGGGCUGACAGAGAAUCUCUCUCGCUUGGUCAGCACUGAAAAGGGAUCCCGGCAGGGUCCCAAAGGCCUGAGGCACCAAUCUUGCACCGUGGUAGGGCCUUUUGCUGUCAUCUUUGGUGGAGAGACUUUAUCGACCGGCAGGGAUGCCAUUUGCAAUGAUCUUUACAUCCAUGAUACAAGUAAGUGGCAUCUUUGUGCAAAGAAUCUCUCUGGCCAGAAGCUGGGACAAAUCUUGGGGGCGCUUAUUAGAACCACGCAUGUAAAUUCUUCAGCUAUGUAGCAUCUCCCACCCCCCACGGCAAUUCUUCACUUGCCCAUAGGGUUGUUGAAUUGGGAAUUGUACGCCUAGCAAGCCACGAUGAGGAACAAGUACUCCUCAGAUAAAAUGUAGGGGGGAACUGAAGCAACUGUUAACCAAGACAACUUGGCCUAUCCCAUCUCUCCACACACAGAAGGUUCGGUAUGAGCCUUAUGCACUCAACCAGCAGCUAGAGUUGAUGGGAUAGGGUCUCUCCUAAGAACCUCACAGAGCUUGUCUCUUCUCUCAGGGUCUUCGCCAGCAAACUGGUUUCACUUCUGUUGCUCCAACCAGGGCCAGAAGAGAGUUGGCCACCGCACCUGCCUCUGCAAUGACAAGCUCUACCUCAUCGGAGGGUUUGGGGCUGAUGGAAAAACGCCCUGCCCAGAGAUCUGCAGCUUGGAGUUCGCUCUGUGAAGUCUGAAGCCUCUUGCUACUGGCUCUCAUCAACACCCUCAAGCGGACAGCGCUCUCAAUUCUGCUCCCCUCCCCUUUCGCCUGCAGGGGGAAGUGAGCCCCUGGGCCAUGUGAAAUAAAGCACCCCUCUGGCAUGUCAGAGACUUUGAUGCUCUUGCUGCAGGUAAACGUACAAGAGGGGGAAGUGAUCAGACUGAAGGACACUAGGAAGAAAGUGCCUCAUUGAGCAGGGGUGUGUGUGAGAAGAUUCCAAAAU